UAGCAGGUGUUUGAAAUUGUGAUCAUUUCCAGUCCCCCAGUAGCACAUUGAGGACGCCGCACGAUGUCCGCCACGGGCACGGAGACCAGCGGCUCGCUGCCGGCCGCUGCGGGGAGGGUUUUCUUUCAGGCAGCCCCCGCAGGAGGAUGCACCGUAACGGGGCCAGUAACACAGGACGACCCCGUUCAGAAGAAACAUGGGAAAGUGACCGUGAAGUAUGAUCGGAAGGAGCUGAGAAAAAGGCUGGUUUUGGAAGAGUGGAUCAUCGAGCAGCUCAGUGAGUUAUAUGACUGUGAGGAGGAAGAGAUGCCUGAGGUUGAAAUAGACAUUGAUGACUUGCUAGAGGUUAACAAUGAGGAUGAAAGGGCUUUGAAACUUCAGGAAUCUCUGAUAGACUGCUAUAAACCAACAGAGGAGUUCGUGAAGGAGCUGCUGGGCCGGAUCAGGGGCAUGCGGAAGCUGAGCGCCCCCCAGAGGAAGGGCCUAUAAUGGCGGCCACAAAGCCGGAGGCAGGAUCUCGCCAACACUAUGUGGACUCAAUACUAGAUCCUUAUUUUUAUUUUGCCAUUUUCAAGAACUGUUUGUAAAAAGCACACUUCACAUGGAGGAUAUUUUUUUUGGGGGGGGAAGGGAGGGGAGGGUUCUGUUAAAUUUGUUACACAGCAGAUAUGCUGAGGCCCACGUUCAGGCCGUGACUGCCUCCUCACCGAAAACUGACCUUGAGCAUGACGCGUGCGGCAUGGCGCAAAGCAGGCGACUGUGCAAGGCAUUCUGGGGAUUCCUGUUUAUCGCAUUAACACGACUUGUCAUUCUGCAUGUCACGGUUUAACCCUUUGUGCAGCUAGGUUUAGAGCAGGGGUGGCCAAUCUUAUCCGCAAAGGGCCGGUGUGUGUGCGGGUUUUUCGCUGCAACUCCCUAAUUGGAUUACUAAUUAUAGGACUGAUUGGCUGAACAGUCCUCACACCUGGGUUUGAACAGCUGACCUCCAGGUUAUCCCAAAAACCUGCAUCCACACCGGCCCUUUGCGGAUAAGGUUGGCCACCCCUGGUUUAGAGAAUGGUGGGUGGUCUAUUCAAAUUCACAGACCUCUGCCCAGGUACAUACUGCCAUGGCCAAUAUUUACAAAGACUCGGUUUUUCUGCUUAUGAUUUGGACCUUUCUCAAUUUUUAUUUUUCUUAUUUUGUUUUCCUUGGCAGCAGGAUAGUUGUCCUUCAGCGAAACGCUGAAAGAAGAUGUGAUGUUUUCAGUAGGUUUUCCGAUGUCUUGCCGCCUGAGUACAGCAGAACACCACGUAGCGUUUAAGACCAAAGGUGUUGGGCACAUGCAGCUACUGCCCCCUGCUGGACCUGAGAGGACGGCAGGCCGAAUCCUGUCGUGGCGCUCCACGGAGUAAACAUAGCCGAUUGGAACCCCAAGCCCUCAGUUUAGACCCUCGCCCAUACUGUACGAGUUCUGCUGAAGAAGUACUGAGUAUGAAGCACUGAAGGCUGUAUA